AUGACUCCCAAGAACCAGAAGGAAUACUCAUACGAUAAACGCGAAACUGUUAUAAAACAUUAUUUAAAUGGUGAUUCUGAGCGUGAUAUAGUUACGAAAACAUUUAUGCCACGUACUUCUAUUCAUCGGAUAAUAGCGAAGUACAAAUCAACAAAAUGUAUCGGAAAUUUAAUCGGCCGAGGCCGAAAACGAAAGACGACACCUCAGACUGACCGCCUUAUUCAGCGUAAAAUCAAAACUGAUCGACGGAAAUCGGCUGCGUCUGUGAAAGCUGAACUUAAAACUAGUCUUAAUAUUGCUAUUUCUGAAUCAACAAUUCGUCGUCGAUUGCACGAGAUUGGCCUACAUGGUCGUGUCGCUCGAAAAAAGCCAUACGUCAAUAAGGUCAAUCGUGGCAAACGUUUAGAAUAUGCUCGUACAUAUCGUGAACAACCUCUUGGCUAUUGGGAUAAUGUUAUUUGGUCAGAUGAAAGCAAGUUUAACUUGUUCGGAUCGGAUGGGAAAGUUAUGGUAUGGCGGACAACGAAAGAAGAACUUGAUCCAAAAUGUAUGGUACCGACUGUUAAACAUGGAGGUGGAAAUGUAAAGUGUUGGGGUUGCUUUUCGUCAUGUGGAGUUGGAAAUCUGGUAUUUAUCGAUGGGAAUAUGACUGGCGAGAUGUAUCGUGACAUCCUAGACAAAAAUUUACUUCAAUCUGUUAGGAAAUUGGGAUUAGAUAAUCAAUGGAUGUUUCAACAAGAUAACGACCCCAAGCAUAAAGCUGCUAUUGUGACAAAUUGGUUGACAAGAAAGGGUGUUGAACAACUCAAAUGGCCUUCGUCAUCUCCGGACUUAAAUCCCAUAGAGCAUCUGUGGGAUGAAAUCGAACGACGCAUGAAAAACGAGCAGCCUAAGAACGAAAAAGACUUGAAAGAAUGUCUCACUCGAGUAUGGAAUGGACUUGAAGUCACGGUGUUGAAAAAGUUAGUUGAUUCUGUUCCAAAUCGAUUAAAUGAAGUUAUUCGUUUGAAAGGGUACCCUACUAAAUACUAG